UGAAACUUCGGCAGGCAUCGAGUUGCUUUUCUCUUUGGCAAAAGCACACAAGACUGAAUUGUUUAUAUUUUCAAGUAACAGCUAGGAAGUAACAUUAGCACUUGCUCUGCAAAAGUUCAGGCACAAAAUUGUGGUGAGGUAAACGAUCGAUUUUUUUUUUAAAUUCGAAUAGACGUCUAGGGUAUUUUUUUUGAUUGUUGAAUGAGACAAUAAAGGAGAAACAGGGAGAACGGCUAGGCGAAAAGAAGAACAAAAAAAAACAAGAAACGAUAUAAUACACGCGAUUCAUAGAAGCGAAAAGGGUUAAUUCGGGGAAUCAAACGGAUAGAAUAAUAAAGAGAAGAAAAAAGCAUAAUUCGAGAUGUUUUUGCUGAGUCAAGUUUCGGACAUUAUAAGCAUCCAUCCAUCAAAUUUCUGGAAACCCACAAAAGAAGCAUUGGCGGAGGAGAUACAUAAAAAAUACGCAAAUAAGGUGAUUCAAGAAGUUGGGCUUGCAAUUUGCGUGUAUGACUUUACGAAAGUAGGAGAAGGAAUCAUCAAGUAUGGUAAUGGAUCGUCAUUUAUGAAUGUCACGUUUCGGCUGAUUGUAUUUCGGCCCUUCCGUGGAGAAGUGAUGCUAGGUAGAAUCAAAUCUUGCAGCGAAGAUGGUAUACGAGUAACGCUUGGAUUUUUUGAUGAUCUAUUUAUUCCAAAAGACAUGUUGUUUGACCCAUGUGUGUAUCGACCAGAAGAGCGUGCAUGGGUAUGGAAACUAGAAGGCGAGGACGGACAGCCUGGGCCAGAGUUGUACUUUGAUGUAGACGAAGAAAUUAGAUUUCAAAUUGAAUCUGAAGAGUUUGUCGACAUUUCACCCAAGAGAAAUAAGGGUGCAACAGCUGUUACUGGUUCAGAAGCACUCGAAUCAAUGGCUCCCUAUACCAUCAUUGCUUCCUGUGCACGAGAUGGUCUCGGUAUUCCCGUCUGGUGGAAGUAGACAGGCUAGCUAGCAUAUCGCUUGAAUGAAAUUCACAAGUAAGUAUUGGCUGAUGUCUUAAAUGUUUCCUUCAACUUAUCGAAGCUGGUCGGCGGUUCAUAAGCGGACACUCCAUUCAAAAGGAGAGGGCUUAGAUCAUGUUUAAAAAGUAAAAUUCAAAAGGAAAAUUUGUUUCCAAAUCCUUUGACAUGCAUUCUUGUUUUCGAUCUUAUUCAUUGUCCAAUUCAUUUCUUCUGUUUUUUGUUUAUCAACAGCAUAGCUUCAACAAGCCCUUAUACCAAAAUAAGCCAUCGUUUUUUCCAUUCGU